GUUACAGCAUUCAUGUUGACGUUUUUUAACCGAAGCUGAAAUGAUCAGUUAUUGAUGGGUUGUGGAAUUGGGACAGAGAUUUAAUCUCUAUCAUUAGGAUAUUCAUUUAAGAAUAAUGUUUUCGACGCUAGUGUCUUAGGAAACUAAUUAGACUUCCGUAAAACGGGUUGCUUGCUGGCUAGGUAGGCUAGCUAGGUAGGCUAGCUAGGUAUAGGAAGUGCUUUAAGUGAAGGGAGCCACAGGUUUUUUUUUGCCACUGUGGCAACAGCAGAAACAAAACCGCCUGAGUUGACUCUUGUUAGUCGUGUUUAUCUGCUGCAGUGUGGAUCCGAUACUUUCAUAUCUGAAUUACACGGUUUUUAAAUCAUUAACACGUUCAUUUCGAGCGCUAAUUUUGCUCACCAGGGCGAAGAAUAAGCGCGUUUGGUUUUUAAUAGUUCUCUGUUUGUUGACAUUGCUGGACUUAUUAGUCUUAACCGUGCAUCCAAUUAUUUUAUCAGCUACAGUGUGUUGUGUGUUGGUUAAUUAAGCUUUAAUACAGACGAUUUGGAUUGACGUUAGCUAGCAGAGACUAGCUAGCUAGCUAGCUAGUAGGUUUGUAAUAAAGCUAGUUAGGAUAUAAGACAUUGUGGAAAAUGGACGACUUCAGUUCAAUCAGCCUGCUUUCACUGGCUAUGUUAGUGGGAUGUUAUGUUGCAGGAACAAUUCCUCUGGCUGUCAACUUUUCCGAGGAAAAGCUGAAGCUUGUGACAGUUUUGGGAGCAGGUCUCUUAUGUGGUACUGCUCUGGCUGUCAUUAUUCCUGAGGGAGUCCAUGCACUGUAUGAGGAGGUGCUAGAGGCAGGACACCACGCUCACAGUCAGGCCGAGGUGUCUGCACCGGGGCAGAAAGCCGCCGAGUCGGUGGUAGGGCCGAGUCACGACCACGAGCACAGUCAUCAGGAACUCCAUGCCUUCAUUGGCUUCUCUCUUGUGUUGGGAUUUGUCUUCAUGUUACUAGUGGACCAGAUCGGCAGCUCGCACAUACACAGCAGCGAUGACCCCGAGGCAGCGAGAGCAGCCAGCUCUAAAAUCACCACUACACUUGGCCUGGUUGUCCAUGCGGCAGCUGACGGAGUUGCACUCGGAGCAGCAGCUUCUACCUCUCAGACUAGCGUCCAGCUCAUUGUAUUUGUCGCCAUCAUGCUUCAUAAGGCUCCUGCUGCCUUUGGCCUCGUCUCUUUCCUAAUGCACGCAGGUUUAGAGAGAAACCGGAUCAGAAAACACCUGCUGAUCUUUGCCUUGGCUGCUCCUGUUCUGGCUAUGAUCACCUUCCUAGGGCUCAGCCAGAGCAGUAAAGAGGCGCUGUCUAACGUCAACGCCACAGGAGUGGCCAUGCUGUUCUCGGCUGGCACCUUCCUCUACGUCGCCACGGUUCACGUCCUGCCAGAAGUGGGAGGCACAGGUGGGCACAGCCACUCAGCCGGUGGAGGAAAAGGACUGAGCAAGUUGGAGGUGCUGGCACUCGUCAUAGGCUGCCUCAUCCCUCUGGUGCUCUCUGUUGGCCACCACCAUUAAAAAGGGAAAACGAAAAAAGACUUUUGUGAAGAAGGGACUUUUUAAAACGGUGGCUGAUUGACCUCCUCAUGCCUCUCUGUAUGGAUCAGAUCUGUGACACAAAAAUGGACUUGUGGCACAACACAAGUGUGAUCACAUGACCAUAACCUCCAAGUGCUAUGUGCUGAUAGCAGGCAUUAACCUUACAUAAACAAGUGACACCACAGGUUCAUGCUUUUUACACACUUUCUUUCUUUAAUUGUGGUUUCUGAUUCUCUUUAACAAAUGUAAUGGUGAACUACGACUUUUUUUCUUUCUUUCACUUUUUUAUUUUUAUUUUUUAAAUAUAACGUGUAGUGAACUGCAUAACCUUUGAGUCACGUGAUUGAGACCUUUUUUAUGGCUACGUGGUUCCAUGUUUUUUCUGAUUUGCUUUCUUAACACAACAGUAUGGACUCAACAAAUCAGUUUGUCUCGAUUUGUUCAAUUGUGACUUAUUCAUACAGUGUUCAUCAUCUGAGCUUCAGAUUAGACUCCAUUUCUGAGCUGUAUGGCCAUAACUGAGACCAGGGUGGCCAGUUUUAUCCAGAAAAAGACACAGUGUCUGGGCAGGAUUUCAUUCCAAUCAAACAGGCGCCAAACCUGAUUCUACCUGUUUAAUCAGUUGAUCUUGGCUUUCAAUAGACUCUCAGCUUUGGCUGUUACUCGGUUGAAAUGAAAACCUGCACCCAUGCUGGCCUUUUCUGGAUAAGAUUGGACACGUCUGGAGUAGACAUUUGUGCAGCAAUAGUUUUUCCAGCAUACAGCUUGUGGUUGAUUGGUGGUAUUUUCUGUGCUAACGAAUUGAGUAGGAGGAUGUUUUGUUUAAUUUAUCAUUUUGAACAAAUAGUCAGAAAGAGUAUUAGGUUUAGUCAGUACACAACAUCCACUUAAUAUCUAUUUUCUAAUCUUCCAGGUUUUUUUUUUUUUAUAUAUAUAUAUAUUUUUAUUUUUAAACAGAUAAACAGAAAUGGUGUCUGUUUUUCUGGUGGUGGAAAAGUGAAACGAUGCAGGUUUUUAUACGCACGAGGGACCAUACUUGAUGUCGAAAGUGGUAGAAUGGAGUAUAAUUAUUUACCACGCUGGCUAUUUGGAUACCAUUUGAAACGAUGGUGAAGCUGGCUGGCUGACUUGAAGGAACUGCGCAAGUUUUUUUUUUUUUUUUUUUUUUAAACACACUCGUUUGAGCUUGUAACGUGUCACUCACACUCAGCUGCUGUCCAUUUUGAGAAGCAUCUCUGAGCUCUGCUGAUGUGGUCAAGUUGGGAUGCUUUAACUGUAAUUAUUGUGGUGCCUGCCCUUAAUGCAGAGCCUCUGUAUAUAAUGCAUUGUGUACAUAUAACAGAUGAGCUUGAUGCAAACAUCACUUGUAGCCCUAAUGUACUGAGUUUAACACUCAGCCUUUUAGUACAGUUAAUAACGGCAAGGAUAACGGGGUUGAUUUAAAGUGAUGGGAAAGGGAAUGUAAUAAAUUUACAUUGAAUCACAAUAA